GGCUGUCCUCAUGAUUAAGUUUGUCCAAGAUGACCACCCUCAUGAUUAAGUUUUCCAAGAUGCCUGUUCCCAUUAUAAAGCUUCUCUAAGAUGACUUUGGAGGAAUCUGUGCCAGAAAGCAUUCCAGCAAUUCGAUGGAACAAAUUGGAAGAACCUGGAUGUAGGAGGGACACAUUUACACAUCAGCAAACACGAGACAACAAACAUACCGGGAUCUGAUUGGCCACAUAUUAUGCAGUGGGCCGAGGCAUCGCCUGCCUACCUGAAGAGUCAAAUGGACAAAGAUGAAAGGGAAAGUGAGCGGGUGCUCAUUCGGUCCAAAAGGAGAUGGGUGCUGACUACGAUUGAAAUAGUGGAGGAGAGUCCUGGACCAUUUCCAAUGAAAAUCACAGAGUUGUUCAACGAUAAGCAAGGCCAGCACUCCCUCAGGUUCGGAAUCACAGGCCAUGGGGUGACGAAAGACCCAAAAGGUGCAUUAGGCAUCAAUGAACAUACCGGUGAAGUCUACAUGCACAUGCCAAUAGACCGGGAAAAAUAUCCCAUUUUCCAUGUGGAGUUCAAUGUGUUUGACGCCCACACCGGUGAAUCCCUUGACAAUACGUUGUCCUUUGACGUAGCCAUACAGGAUAUAAACGACAAUCGACCAGUGUUCACACCUGAGGUUUUACGUGUGCAAGUUCCAGAGAACAUAAAAGAAGGUAUGCUUCCUUUUUCUCUGCAAGCAAGCGACAAAGACGAGGCAGGCAAUGAUAAUUCGCGCAUAUCCAUGAACAUUAAGUUUCAAGAACCAGCAUGGCCAGUGUUCUCCCUAAAAUCCAUUGGGAACGUCAAUGACAGCACGAUCGGCAAGCUUCUCUUCACUGGAUGCUUCGAUUAUGACAAAGUAAGGUCGUUCAGGUUGCAUGUUGAAGCAGUGGAUCAUGGAGCUCCAUCACUAUCUUCUACUACGACUGUUACCAUCGAUAUCACAGACUCCAACACUCACUUGCCUGUGUUCGCUGCACCAGUGUUCAAUGCUCAGGUUAUGGAAAUGGAAACCAAUAAGGAGAUCUUAAGGAUUCCGGUGCGAGACCAGGACACUCCGAACACUCCAGGAUCCAGAGCAGUGUUCACUAUCCUGCAGGGGAAUGAGGAGGACAACUAUAAGAUUGAGACAGACCCAGUAACCAAUGAAGGAGUGUUGACUGUCAUUAAGGCAAAAGAUUACGAGAGAACGACUCUAACCGAGCUGAAAAUCGCCGUAGAGAAUGAAGAGCCGUUAUUCGUAUGUGUUGACGGAAAGCCGCUCAGUCCUGUACCGGAGUCUUUUAAACGAAACAGCACGGUCAAAGUCGUCGUCAAAGUCAUCGAUGUAAAUGACCCACCCGUGUUUAAGAAUACAAUCCAGAGGAUUUUCAGGGUUGAGGAGGAAGAUCCAGGAGUAGUGUUGCACACACCUAUAGUAAUAGAUGAGGAUACAGACCCAGAUAAAAUCAGGUACGAGAUGGUAGACGAUCCGGCUAAGUGGGUGUCCAUAAACCCAAAAACGGGCAACGUUACUCUGGUAAGGAAGAUGGACCGGGAGUCUCCUUAUGUCGUCAACAGCACCUACACUGUCGUGAUGCGAGCAACAGAUGACGGAGAACCUCCUGGCACAGGAACAGGAACUCUGGUGAUCCAUCUGGGAGACAUUAACGAUAAUGCUCCUCAUCUAACCUCCAAUAAUACAAUGAUGUGUGGCAACAAAGUUGACAGAGUAAGAGUCACUGCAGAGGAUGCUGAUGCUUUUCCUUUUAGUGGUCCCUUCACCUUCACCCUUGUUGAAGAUGAUCAGGAGCCGACGAGCCUGUGGAAGAUUGACCCGAGCACAGGGCCCGAAACCUCAUUGAUCAGCAAGACGAGUCUUCCAUUUGGGACGUACUCUGUUCCACUAAAGAUCGCAGACCAGCAGGGGGUGCUAACACAUAGUGUCUUGCAAGUGGUGGUGUGUGACUGUGGGAAAGGAGACGUGUGCCUAAACUUGCUACCUCGAUCAUUCAGCCUUCAUGGAGUAGCUGUAGGAAUCCUAUUGGGAGCCCUACUCUUGAUGGCCUUGCUGCUCUGCUUUUGUUUCUUCUGUGAAUGUAAAGAGAAAAAAAACUUCCAGCCUUACAUGCAAUUUGAUGGAAACCAAACCCUGAUUAAAUACAAUGAUGAAGGAAGAGGUUCGAGCUGCAAGGCUGAUCCAAUUUCUCCACCAUUUCUCCAGAGCACAUUUACGAGUAUUUCUUCCUUGAAGACUGAACAGAAGAUCCCCAGCGAUCAUAUUGGCAACACGAAGACGGCGAGUAUUCAGUUUUCACCGAUAUCCAGUGGAGUUAGAAGUACAAGUGAGUCAAGGAUCUUUUACAGCAUGUCAACGUCAAGGGUGAGAAACAGUAUGAACAGUUCAGAGAAUAUUCGGAGCGGGUUAAGCAGAUCCUUCAACUUUAACAUAGAACAACACCUCCAAAUGAAGCUCUCGAAACUUUCCAAGGACCAGCAGGACCUUCCCGAAUACCACCCACAUGAUUACAGCUCCGAAGGGCCCAACAGCAGCACCGUGUCACUGGACAAGCUCUCGUUCCACACCUCUGCAAGUCAUCUGGAGCUUACGCAGAAUUUGGGGCUGAGUUUUAACACUCUGAAUAACGUGUGUCGACAGGCACUGAAAGAGAAAAACAUUAAGAUAUAAUUUUUUUCUGUUUUCUCUAUACUUUAUUAUGAAGCGGUCCUCCUUCCUGUGUCUGUGUUUGGUGAAUGAUCUCAUGCAUCAUGGCUAGACACUGGAUUUUUGCAACUAACAUCAAGACAACAGAUUUUCUACAACAGACUUGUAAAUAAUAAUUUUGGUGCAAAGUUUGCUUUCUUUCCUGGCCAACAAUCUGAGGGUUUUUGGUUUUGACUUUAUAUUUUAAUAAAAAAUUUUCAACUCUG